AUGUACUUGGCAAAUAUUCAAAUCUUUAGUUUUAUUCUUUUCUUCUAUGAAAUUUCAUCAAAAAGUAUAAGUUUUAGUUAUCGUACAUGUUUACCUAACAUAAAUUUAAUACAUAUUGAACAUAUCCAUCCAUUGAACAGUCAACAUUUUCAAUUAAUUACAAAAGAUUUUCAUUUAAAUGUUAUUUAUACAUAUAAAACAGAUCAAUAUGAUUUUAAAUUCGGUAGUUUAAAUCCAUCAUUAUCAAAUCUAUCAAAUUUUGAUUAUCAAUUUCAAUCUGCUAUUGAUUAUUAUCAUCAAAUCGAUACAUGGAAUUAUGUUAAUAUAACAUUUGAUGAUAAUUUAUCACGUAUAUUUAUAUCAUUUAAUAGUGAUGAAACACGAUUAAUACCUUUAAUUGAUUAUCCAUUAAUAUUUCAAAAUAAAACUAUUGAAACAAAAUUAAAUGUACAAAUACUUGUUGAUGAACAGGAUAAAAAUGUCACAUGUCUAUUACCAUACAAUGGUUUUCAAACAAAUAAGAACAGUUAUUGUUCAACAGAUAUUAAAACUUGUGAACAUCGUUUAUGUACACCUUUAAAUAGUGCAGAACAGUAUUGUCCACUUUUUAAGAUAUUUGAUUGUCAUCCAUUUACAGAUUUACAAUGUGGUUUAAAAACAAUACCUGUUCGUUGUUCAUAUAAUCAUUGUCAAAAUCAAGGCAUUUGUCAAGUGGAUAUUUUAAAAAAUACUUCUCAAUGUAUAUGUCCAUCGGGAAUUGCUGGUGAUCAAUGUCAAUAUUCUAUUGAUGAAUGUCAAUCGAAUCCAUGUCCAUUUCAAAGUAAAUGUAUUGAUUUACCAAAUGGCUAUACUUGUAUUUGUGAUCCUGGAUGGACUGGUAUUGAUUGUUCAGAAGAUAUUAAUGAAUGUAAAACAAUACAACCAUGUAAAGCAGCAAAAAGUUGUAUGAAUCUACCAGGAUCAUAUAAAUGUGACUGUUUGGAAAGUUUUACUGGACAAAACUGUGAAAUGACACUUGAUCCUUGUUUAUCUCAACCAUGUUUAAACAAUGCAACUAAAUGUCAUUUAAUUCUUGAUCGUGAUAAUGUUCUUUAUCAUUGUACAUGUCAAUCUGGUUUUACAGGCUCGAAUUGUGAGACAAAUAUAAAUGAUUGUGAAGGAAUAAUUUGUCCGAAAAAUAAUACUCAAUGUAUUGAUGGUAUUAAUUCAUUUCAUUGUGAAUGUAAAUCGAAUUUUAAACGAAAUUGGGAUGGUGAAUGUGUCGAACAAAAUCCUUGUGAUUCAUCUCCAUGUCAUCAAAAUGCAACAUGUUAUAAUUUAAAUGGUGGUCAAUAUCGUUGUAUGUGUCCGCCAACCUAUACAGGUAUUCGAUGUGAUGAAGAUAUUGAUGAAUGUACUGUGUUUCCAUUCAUAUGUCGCAAUGGUGGAACAUGUGUUAAUGAAAUUGGUUCAUAUCGAUGUUAUUGUACAGAAGGUUGGUUUGGUUUAACAUGUGCUAAAGCAAUUGAUUAUUGUUUAUCUCAACCAUGUAAUCGAAAUGGAACAUGUAUUAAUAAAAUUAAUGGAUUUGAAUGUCGUUGUUUAUCACCAUAUACAGGUAAUGUAUGUCAAUAUGAUAUUGAUGAAUGUUUAAUAGAACCUUGUGCAAAUAAUGGAACAUGUUAUAAUUAUGUUGGUGGAUUUCAUUGUCGAUGUCCGCCGGGUUAUUUUGGUUUUCAUUGUGAAUAUCCACCAUCAGAAUGUCAACGUUUACAACAAGCAAGUUUAUCUGUUAAAUGUACUGAUUCACAUUUAUGUGUUGUUAAUGAUACGGAAAAAUUACGACAGAUUAAUCAAUUAACAACAAAUACAUGUAGAACAGAACGAGAUCGAAUACUUGAUAAUUACUUUGGAUGUAUCAGUGAACAAAAAAUGAAUUAUUGUCAUUGUCCUUCAAAUAUCUUUCCAUGUGCUGAUAAUUAUACUGAAACAAUUGGUAGAUCUUUACUUUCAAAAUCAUCUUGUCCCUGUCGUAAUGGUGGAAGUUGUCAUUGGAUAAAUUCAACAGAUUACCGUUGUUAUUGUCCACCGGGUUUAACAGGUCAAAAUUGUCUUGUACAAAUUGAUUAUUGUUUAAGUCAACCAUGUUAUAAUAAUGGGACAUGUCUAUCACAAUUAAAUACAUUUACAUGUCGAUGUCAAUCGAAUUAUAAAGGUAUUUAUUGUCAAACAUUAAUUGAUUCAUGUGAAAAUAAUCCUUGUCUGAAUAAUGGGAUAUGUAAACGAAAUAAUCGAACAAAAUAUCAAUGUCAAUGUUCAUCGAAUUAUACAGGUAGACAUUGUGAAAUUUAUCAGACACCUUGUUUAUCUCAACCAUGUCGAAAUAAUGGAAAAUGUUUAAAUUUAAAUCAUACAUUUGAAUGUCAAUGUUCAUUGAAUUAUCAAGGAAAAUUUUGUGAACAUUCAGUUGAUUUAUGUCAAACAAAAUCUAAUCGAAGUUUAUGUCUUAAUAAUGGUUUAUGUUUAAUUACAAAUCAUUUAAUUCAAUGUUUAUGUUUACCUGGUUUCACGGGACUUUUCUGUGAGAUAAAUAUUAAUGAAUGUUAUACAAAUCCAUGUUCAUCACAUGGUGAAUGUAUUGAUUUAGUAAAUGGUUAUCAAUGUCAUUGUAAUACUGGUUGGUUGGGUUAUAAUUGUGAGAAUAAACAAAAUGAAAUAAGUAAAUCAUUUAUUUAUCAUACAAGUUUAUCAUCAACAUUUCAUUUACGUUCAUCAUCAAUAAAUAUAUCAAAAAGUUUACCUUAUCGUCAUUCAUCGUUACCAAUGCGUAUUCAAUAUGAAUUUCGUACAACAUUAAAACAAAUUUCACUUAUUUCAAUUGGAAAACGUUUUAAACAAGAAUUAAAUGAUAAUAGAAUACUAACAAAUCUAGAUAAUAAAACACUUUUAUCAACAUUUAUUGAUUAUAAUGAAAAAUGGUUUAUGAUUAGUAUUGAAAUAUUUCAUUUAUGGAUCGAUGUUAAAAUAGGAAAAAAUUCCUUAUCACAAAGAUUUUAUAUUUCAAAUUCUUCAUUAGCGAAUUUAAUUAAUAAUCAAGUUAUUUUUGGUUUUAAUAAUUAUUCAGGUUGUGUAAGAAAUAUUGAAAUAACUUAUAGUCAAGUUUAUUCAAUUUUACUUACCGAUCAAUUAGUUGAAACAAAUGAAAAUAGAACAUUAGGUUGCGAAAGAACAAAUGCUUGUCAACAUUCUACUUGUCAAAAGAAUGAAAUAUGUCAAGACCAUUGGUUUUAUCAUAUAUGUCAAUGUCAGAGACCUUUUUUUGGUGAACAUUGUGAUCAAAUUGCUCCAAUAAUAUCAUUCAAUGAACGAAGUUUAGCAAAUAUUUCCCUAUCAUCACCAAUAUCCAAUAUAUCUCUUUUCUUUAAUACCCUUCAAUCAAAUGGUACACUUUUUGAACUUGGAUCUUCUAUAAAACAAUCUCGAUCAACUCGUGAUUUAACAUCACAUAAUCAAACAUCAUCAAAAAUAAUAGGCGCGUUAAUCGAUGGUCAUUUUCGAUUGAUUAUUAUCGAUGGUGGACCUAAACAUCAAGAAUAUGAAUUACGUAGUGAACAAAGAUUAAAUGAUGGACGUCCACAUAACAUUCAACUUGAUUUAGAAAAUUCUCGUUUACUUAUCGAUGAAAUUUAUAAUGAAACAUUAACAAAUACAAAUACAAAAUUAUUACCAAAUCAAGUUGAAUUACUUGGUGAUGGUUCAUUAAAUGGUUGGUUACAAGAUAUACGUAUAAAUGAUCAACUUAUAUCAUUUGAUCAAACAAAUAAAUCAACACAAAAUUUCAAUCUAACUGUUUUAAAUAUGAAACAACAAGAAAAUAAUCCGUGUUACCCAAAUAAUCCAUGUUUAAAUCAAGGCAUUUGUUUCGUUACAAAUUUACAAGAUUAUUUAUGUCAAUGUGAAUCGAACUGGUUUGGUAGAAAUUGUUCGGAACCAAAUAUAUGUAAUCAUAAUAAUACGAGUCUUUGUCCAGAUGGAUUUAUUUGUAAAGUAACUGAUGAAAAUCAAGAAUGUUUAGCAACAGCAACAUUUGAAGGUAAUUCAAGUAGUUUAAUAGCUAGUUUAUAUCAUAAUUCAAUAUCAAAAAUAUCCAAUGAAUUAUCAUUUCGUCUUCGUGCACGUUCUCAACAUACACAUUUAUUAACAAUAAAAAAUUUAUAUACAUCAAAUUAUUUUUCUCUAUAUUUACAUGAUGAAAAUUUAAUUUAUCGUGAUUCAAUAUUAACAACAGAUCUUAUUAUUGAAUUAAAUAAUGAAACAUUUGAUGAAUGGACAACAUUUCAUUUACAUUGGUCAGAUUUUUCAACAUUAACAGUUAAUUAUCUCUAUACAUAUACAGUUAAUUUAUCAUUAAAAUCUUUAUUAACAUCAAAUAGUCAAACACAAAUAUUUAUUGGUAAUGGUUUUCGUGGUUGUUUAGAAUAUGUUCUAGUUGGAGAAAAUCUUUAUAUACCAUUUUAUAAUAAUAUUAUUUAUGAAAAUGAUACACGUACAAAUAAAUUUUUUACUGAACAAAUUGAAAAUAUACAAAUAAAUAAUUGUACAUUUAAUCAUAUAUGUGAAAAUAUGAAAUGUCAGAAUGGACAAUGUUCUAGUGAUUUUGAUCAAGGCAAAUGUAUAUGUAAUCAUGGAUGGAAUGGAAAAUUUUGUCAAAUUAAUAUUAAUGAAUGUGAACAAGGAAAUAAUUGUUCAAAAGAAAAUAGUAUUUGUGUUGAUCAUUUAGAUGGAUAUUAUACAUGUAAAUGUAAUCAAGGAUUUACUGGAUACUAUUGUGAAACAAAUAUUGAUGAAUGCGCAUCAUCACCCUGUAAUAAUAAUGGUACUUGUAUUGAUCAAAUCAAUAGUUACACAUGUCAAUGUACAUCGGAAUAUAUAAAUUCUCAUUGUUCACUAUCAAUUAAUAAUACAUGUUUUGGUCGUUUAAAUCGUUGUAAAAAUAAUGGUACAUGUAUAUUAAAAAGUGCUCAUCUUUAUGUUGAUAAUCCUAAAAGUGAAUGUCAAUGUCAAAAUGGUUUUGAUGGUGAAUGGUGUGAAAAUGAUUUAUGUUUAAAAUUACAUUGUCAAAAUAAUAGUACAUGUCAACGAUUAUCCAAUGGACAAGCAAAAUGUUUAUGUUCUCAACAAUGGUAUGGUAAUGAAUGUCAAUAUGAUAUAAAUGAAUGUGAAAUUAAUCAAACAAAUAUUUGUUUAAAUAAUGGAACAUGUGUAAAUUAUCCUGGUGAUUAUGAAUGUCAAUGUCAUGAAAAUUAUUUAGGGAAAAAUUGUGAAAAAAAACAUAUUUGUUUAGAACAAACACCUUGUCUCAAUCAUGGACAAUGUAAAACUGAUGGUGAACAUUAUUAUUGUGAAUGUUUAACAAAUUUUACAGGUUUAAAUUGUGAUUUUUUAACAUGUGAAUCACUACCAUGUCAACAUAAUGGAACAUGUAUGCCUGAUAUUGAUGAAGGAUUUUUAUGUAAUUGUACUGGAACAGGUUAUGAAGAUGAUAGGUGUAGUACAGAAAUUGAUGAAUGUGUUAGUAGUCCAUGUCGAAAUAAUGGAACUUGUAUUAAUCAAAUAGAUGGAUAUAUUUGCGCAUGUCCAAAGAAUUUCCUAGGACAUUCUUGUGAAAGUAAAGAAAAACUCUUCAGUUCACUUAAUUUUUCUUAUCAUUAUGUUAUAUGGCCUGGUAUCGCCAUAUUUUUAUUAAUGAUUAUUAUUCUAUUAACUGUUGUUAUGGGACGUAUACGUAAAAAUCGUCGAUUACGUGGUACAUAUAGACCAGCAAUAAAUGAAAAUGGUCAAAGUUCACGUAUGGAAUUUAGUAUGAUUUUAAAACCACCACCUGAAGAACGAUUGAUUUAG